GGCCCUUUCUAGUAUUCAACUUUUAUGAACUCGGAAUGACGAGUCUGUGGCGCAAGAUAUUCCCUUGGUUACCUACUUUGUUCUUCAAAGGAAAACCGCAACACUAGACAUCGUCUUAGAGCCACUACCACUCGAUCGGACCCAUGGUCUGAUGAACAAGUUCGGCAGCCGUGGAUGCGCAGAUUACAAGAAGGUUGCUGGAAAAAUUAAAGAGUUUAUUGGAAAGAUCCGUGAAGGAACGCCCCUCGCGCAAGCAGAUGCCUGCUAUAGAGUUAAAUUCUCUCUUCAGGGUAUGCCGACGUCAAACAACUUCGUGCCUCGACCCUCUGAUAUUACUGAUAUUGAGAAAUCUCUUCUUCCUUACCACCAGAAAAAACAAGGGUACAAUGUCUUUGUUCUUCACGGGCUCGGCGGAAUUGGGAAAACUCAACUAGCUGUCAACUUUGCACGGCAAUACCAAGCUGCCUUCAGCGCCAUCUUUUGGCUCGACGGCACAUCAGAAGACAGCCUUAAACAAAGCUUUGCUAUUUGUGCAAAGAGAAUACCAAAAGACCAGAUUCCUGAGAAUAUCAGAAGUCCAAAAACAGGCGAUCAAGUCGAUCUCAACGAGAUUGUGGAGCACGUACAAGAGUGGCUCGCAAAAGAUAACAAUGUCGAUUGGCUUUUGAUCUUCGAUAACGUUGAUCUGGAUCAUACGCAAGGAGAAAUACCGGGCGCUUAUGACAUUCGAAAGUAUCUUCGGAGUGACCACGGCGCAGUCCUAAUUACAUCCCGGUUGUCCAAGCUAGCACAGCUUGGCGAAUCCAAGCGCAUUAAACGUGCUGACCUAGACUUGAGUAAGAAAAUAUUCGAGAAAUGGUACGGGAAGGAACUAAUGAUGGAUGAUGAUACAGAAAAGUUGCUACGUUUAUUAGAAGGUCUGCCACUUGCACUCGCGCAAGCCGCUGCAUAUAUGGGAGAAUCAAACAUACCUGUCGCUAAGUAUAUUCACCUAUAUGAGAAGCAGUGGGAUGAACUCUUCCGGAAUACGGACUCCGGCCUGCUAGACUACGGUACUCGCAGCGUGAGGACGACGUGGACGAUAUCGUUCAACGAGAUCGAGACGAGGGACAAGAACGCUGGGAAUCUGCUACGGCUUUGGGCUUUUCUCGACAAUAGAGAGAUGUGGCACAGUCUACUGCAAGUGGCCAGAAAUGACCAGGAGCAAUGGCCCAAAUGGCUCCGCGAUAUAGCAUUUAACGAGGUUAGGUUUUUCAACAUGGCGACACUGCUGCUCCGCUACUCUAUGAUCGAGGCCCGAGAGUCCGAGCAAAGCAGCUAUAGCAUGCAUCCGGUAGUGCAUAGAUGGAUAUCGCAUAUACAAGAUGACGCUGGAAAGAGAGUGUUUCUAUGGCUAGCGGUAAUGUUGAUAGGAUUUUCGGUGCCCCACCGUACGACUAAGAAUUAUUGGGUACUCCAGCGAUGGCUUCUCCCUCAUACGGAGAGGUGCUUAUGGUGGAUGGGAGAAUUAGAAGGAGGAGAGUGCAACAUUGAAGACAUUACUAUCGGUUAUGCAACAUAUAGCUUGGGCCUUCUCUACUCGGAUUAGGGCCGGCUAAAGGAGGCUGAAGCGAUGUAUCAGCGAGCGCUAGAAGGCAGCGAGAAGGCACUCGGACCGGAUCAUACGUCCACUCUCGAUACAGUUAACAACUUGGGCAACCUCUAUAAGACUUAGGGCCGGCUAAAGGAGGCUGAAAUGAUGUAUUAGCGAGCGCUGUCUGGUUAUUAAGCAGCCUUAGGCUCGUCCCACGCAAAAUAUCUCCUUGUCAUAAAGAAUAUAGCAUCUUUAUAACUUUCAAAAGGUAGCCUCUCCCUGCAAGAACUAAUAGUUAAGUUUGCUAACAUUUACAACUAAGUUUAUC